AUAAUUGAUAAAAAAAAAGAAAAGAAUUUAUUUAUUUAUUUACUAAUUUGUGAGAAUAUGGAAUAAUAUUAUGAUUAUUUUAACAAUAUGAAUGCUGAAGUCAGAGAUAUGCAUCAUAGUGGCGAUGAAGACGAAGAAGAAGGAUAAGAACAUUAAUAAACUCAUUAUAAAGAGGAUAAAAUAUAUGAUUAAAAUGAGAAUUUAUAAACAGAUUAAACUCUAUAAAAAGGAAAAAAUCAAUUUUAACAAACAAGUAGAAAUGAAAUUAUUGUGGACAAAUUCAAUGGUGUUUAGAAUCCAGAAACCAUAAAUAUAGAAGAAAAUUAUUUAAAAAAAUUAAUCGAUGAUGAAGAAUUAUUUUAAAUUAUCAAUAAAAAGCAUCCAGACAUUUUAAAGCAAUUUAAAUAAGGUAAUAACUAUUAAAACAUCCCAUUAAAAAUAAGAACCAAGACUUCUUUAGAAAACCUUAAAGAUGAAAUUUAAUACUAUCGUUAAAAUCAUAUUCUAAGAGAUGAGAGUAAACAAUAUUAUUAGACUCAAAAAGAUAAUAAUGAGUAAUAAAAUCUCUAAUAUAAUACCAAGUCUAUACUUGUUUAGAAAGUUAGUGAUUAUGAAGAAAAAAAAUGGUUUAUUUCAGCUUAUGGAAUAGAUGAUACAUCUAAAAAUACAAAUACUUAGGACUUAACAAUUGGUAGACAGUAAUUCCUAACUCUUAAUUAAAAUGGAAAAAUUGUUACUAUUAGGCCUAACGAUAUUACUCCCAAUGCUGAUGAAACUGAUACUGAUAUAUCUAGAAUGCAUUGUAAAAUUGUGUAUAGACCUUAUAUAUUUGAAGAUUAAAGGCUUUAUGGAAGCUAUUAUUCAUUUGUUAAGAUUAUUGAAAUGACUUAUUAAAAAAUUUAGAACAAAGCAGUAAAAGAAGGCAAUAUAAAUCACUUAAUUUAGUACAAACAGCUUUACAAAAUAUGCAAAUAGAUACUUAACUUAGGCUUUAUUUUACCAAUUCUUAAAAAAUUCAUAAUUCCAGAAAGGGCAGCCUAUCUAGUUGAUUUUAAGAGCUAAAACGGCACGAAAGUAUUUAUUCACCAUGAAAAAUAUACACGACUUUACUCUCAUAUGAUCAUUACAAUAGGAGUAAACUCUUAAAUUUAUUUUGAGUAAAUCAACAACUACGAAAAAAUGAACUCGUUUGAGGACAUUAUUGUGAAUUGUAUUUAUGAUUAAAUCAGAUUAAACUACGAAAUAGAAAAUAAAAAGUGGCAAUUAGAAAUAAAUAGCUGCUAUUUCGGCCUGGAUGAAGAAGAUGAAGAAUCUGAAGUUUUUAAAGUUAUAUAAUAAGUAAUUAAAUAUUACACUGAAAAGUAAACAAAAAAUGUCACGUUUGAAGAUUACUUUUUCUCUCCCAUGUAAAAAAAUGAAGUUUUCUAAAAAAUAAAGGAAUUUUUAACCCAGUCAUAAUAACAACACAGAUAUAAAUACCAAUAAUCAAAAGAAUUUUAAAGUUUAACUUAUGAAGAAAAAUAAUAAAAAAAUAAAUAACCCUUAUUAUUUUAAAACUAUCGACCCUAUAUUCGUGCCUUAGUCAAAUACGAUGAUUCUAAUCCUCAUUAGAUAAAACCUUAUUAUCUGUUCUACAACUAUUAAGCACCUAAUAGAAUAUUUAAAAUAGGAAGAUUAGAUACAAAUCAUAUAUAAAUUAGAUUUCGUCAUGUCUCUCGAAAAAAUACUGAAAUAGUUUACAAAAAUAAUUAAUGGCUGAUUAGAGAUGGCUAUGAUGAUAGUAAUUAAUAAAGAAAAGCCAGUACAGAAAAAACUUGGAUAAAUCUUACUGGAUUUUAAAGUAUACCUAAUUUGAUUUAACCUGAUAUAUAAUGUGUUUAUAGCCAUUAAAAUAUGUACAACGAAGAGAUUGGUCCUUAUCCAAUUAAACACAAUGACAUUAUUAUGUGUGGAAAGAGUUAAAAAUUUUAAAUUUAAUAUUUAGAAAAUGAAAAAAAACUAACUAAUUUAGAGUAUUUAGAUAUAAAAAUGUAUAGUUGA